AUGCCUGAACCGAUAAAAGAUAUCGAAGAUUUUUUCAAUAAAACAACAACUAAAUUAUUAAAGACACAAGGGAAAAAUUUUAUUAAAAUUUAUAAUGAACUAAUUCAUGUUACAAAAAAACGUGCAUCAAAGCUGAAUGGAUCUAUUAUUAACUUACUUCAGCUUGCUUGCUCGUGGAUUGAAGAUUCAACUUGUACGCCAAUCUGGCAACCAUUAAUUGAUAUCUCUGCUGAAAUAUUAAACUGUUAUGGUUCGUUCGAUAGUGAUGAUGCUCAGAUAUUUGAUUUAUUGUUCCAGCCAUUACUUGAAGAUAAUUCUGAAGGACGAUCGGAUUUAUUUAUGUUUAUCGAACGUAUUUUAACAAAAAUUCAGGCUGGUUUUAGUUUCUUAAUUAGCGAUUAUUUCAAAAAAAUGUUUACAGAUGCGUUAUCGUCAAAUGCAAAAUCAAAAUUGCAAGAAAGUUAUAACUUAUUACAAAUCGUCCAUAUACAUAUACCAGAUUCAAUUCAUACCGUAUUGCAUAUUCAUCAUUUGUAUUUAAAAAGUGAAAACAUAAAACAACGUGAAAUCGGUAUUAAAUUUCUUAUUGAUGUCCUGUCUGGCGUUUAUACUGUUAAAUUCAAACAAGAUGAAUUACCUAUCCUUGAUGACUUUUGCGCAAGAUUUGGUGACAAUGAACUUUCAUGUCAACAGUUAAUGGUUGCAAAUCUGUCCACAUUUUUAUUACGUAGCAGUGAUAUUACAAGCAAAUUAAUAAAACCAAUUCUUGAUUGCUUUCAAUCUGUAGACACAUCGUUGAGCAUCUCAAAAGCAAUUGUUGAACAAAUUAGUAUAGCAAUUAAAGAUUGUUAUCAUGCAGCACCAAAUGAAUUAUUAUAUUUAUUAUUGUCUGCUUGUAGUCAUAAAGCGCCUCAUGUUGCUAUUGAAUGUAUUCAUACAUGUUCGUAUUUAUAUCGUAUUUAUUAUGUCAAAGAUACUUAUUCAUCACCUACAAGAUUGCGCCUGGAAACAGUACCACGUUUUAUUUUAGCUGCAGCUAUUGAACAUAAAGAUAUUGGUGUGCGUGUCGAAGCACAAUGUUGUUUUUUUCAAAAUAUUAUUUUUGAACGUUAUCGUCCAUUAGAACGAACGCGUCAAUUUUUUCUUUUUGCACAAACUGAUCUUGGUCGGGAUGGAAUUAAAAACUAUGGCAAAUUAUUAACUUCUCAAUCUGAAUUACGCGAUCUUGUGGAUAAAGCUUUAUCAAAAUAUUAUUCAUCUGAUAAUUCUGAAUUAUUCAUUGCUGAUGAAAGUUUAACUGAAUUAAAUGAUGAUGCUAAACGUUUACUACAACAGAUCAGUGACUUGUGUUUUUCGAAAAAAGAUAAUGGCGUGAGAAAGAUUCAUAAUUAUUUCUCAACUCUCGAUUCAUCAUUCAAAGAAGAAUUGCAAACCUUGCGAACUGAUUCAACACUGGAUACAUCGUCUCUAUCAUUACAGAAAACAAUCAUUGACAGUGCUGAUAUGUCAAAAUCGUCGUUAUCAGCACAAUCAAUGCUGGUUUAUGAACGUCUUUGUCCUCGUUUACAAAUCGUAUUCUCACAUGAUUUCUUAGAACAAUUUCCAGACGCUGCUCAAACGUAUUUCACAGAAGAAACGGCUAGAAAUGAUACUGACGAUGAAGAAAAAGAUAUGAGUGAUAGUGAAAAAGCAAAUGUGGAACAAACUAUUAACAACUAUGAACGUCGAGCUAUACGACAAAUUGGAAAGUUAGCUAAAGUAAUAUGUCCAGUUAUUGAAGCUGCCAUGGACGUUGAAAUUCUAGAAAAAUUUGUUGGUGUGAUUGAUGAACAAAAGCCAGUUCUAAAUACGUUUAUCUAUGCAUUAUUAGCAGAUUUUGGUGGUUUGUUGAAUCCUGGCGCGUUGAAAAGUGACCUUAUUGACCAUUUAUUUGGCGUUAUUUAUAAUGAUAUUGUUAAUGGUGCUUCAACAACAAUUAGUAAAUGGGCUAUUCGUGCAUUUGUCCAAAUAAUUGGUUCAAAUCAAAACCAUCUUGAACAGUCAUAUAUUGACCUAUUUGAAAAAACAAAAUCAUAUUGGAUAUUAACAGAUGAAGAUGUUGCUGCACCCUCCCGAUGGCUUCUGUUAAGUCAUGUGGUUAAGCAUGCACCUCAAACAGAUACAAUGUUUAAAAUUAUACGUCAUUUAUUUAAGAUGAUUCGACAAAUUGCAAAAACUAAUGGUCAUACGAAAAAAGAACUAAUGAAAAAUUUUGAUAUUAUACCAAAAAAUAUUCAACUUAGAGUAAAUCAUUUAAAAUUUUUAUCACGUUCAUGCUAUCCACUCUCUGCUCAACGUAUUCAACAUGAAAAAGAUGUCAUUGAUGAAGAUGAAACUGUCGAUGAUCAAGAAUACGAAAAUCCUAUACGUCAUAUUAUUGAUUUUCUAUUGGAUUUAAUUAAUGAUGUAUUUUUCUUAUCCGAUGAUGAAAUUGGACGACAUUAUGUUCAAUUACAUGCUUCCUUUGAACUAUUACGUAUGAUUGAAAUAAAUGAAAUUUAUCAUUUACUUAAACCAUCUGAUUAUGUAAAACUUUAUACAAUUGUAACACAUGAAAAUUCGAAUGUACGUCAUCAAUUUUUAGAUAGAUUAUUAAGUAAAAUUGUUCAAUGGAAAUUAAGUGUUAUAUUUCUUGGUUAUACAAUUGCUGUGCCAAAUGAUAGUGAAGAUAAAGUGACACAAAAAAUAUUAAAACAAAUAAUUGAACGAUUAUAUAUUUUAUCUUCGAAUGAAAAUACUAAUGCAGUUCGAAUGAAAAUAUUACCAGAAAAAUCAAUAUCAUUGAUGAUUUAUUUACAUGCACAUAAUAAAAGUCUUAUAGCCGAAGUUGAUAAAGAAAUAUUGGAUUCAAUUACAACUUCAGCAAAAUUUAGUUUGAAAUGUUUGAUACAAUGUCGUGAACGGCCAAAAUAUUUACAUGGUACAAUACCAAAUUUACUUUUAUCAAUUAAACACAGUCGAGCAAAAGAAUAUCCGGAUGAUGAAGAUUUAAAUAAAAGAAUUUAUUUAGUUACUGAUAUAUUUCAAACUGUAUUUAGUGAACUAUCACCAUUGGAAUCAUUUGAAUUUAGUUCAAAAAAUAAUAAUAAUCCCGGUGAUCCACUAUUUUUUACACAACCAAAUUUUUCGUGGAAUAAUACAGAUUCUUAUUUACCAAAUUUUUAUGGUCAAAAACGGUCACGAAAGAAAACGAAAGAAGAUGUUUUAGAUAAAUUAUUAGGAAAUGAUACAACAACAGAGAAAAUUGAUGAAACAACAGAUUCUACAAUAGCAAAUAUCGAAGAAGUAGAUGAUAAAAAUCUUCGAGAACAAACAACUAAAUCUGAUCAAGAUGAUGACGAAGAGGAAAAAGAAAAUGAAAGUGAAACAGAAAAUGAACAAAAAAGUACGAUAAUGACAAGAUCGGGUAGAAAACGAAAAACACCCGGAGCAAGACAAAAGGCAAGGCGAUUCAUUAAGCUUAUGUGUACACGUGUGAAAGAAGGUAAUACACAUCCAUUAGGGACAAAUCAAAAGGACACCGCAUCGAUCAAUGUUCGAGAGUGA